AUGGAAGGCUAUAAAAUUCCUGGACUCCCAAAAAUUAUACCUGUAGUAAAGCACCUUUUAAAAAAAACCAAAAUCGGUACCAUAAAAUACAGUCGUUGGACACCUCAAGAAAUCACCACACUUCUAGCAGCAUAUAAAGAACAUGGCAAAAACUGGAACUUAAUUUCUCAACAAUAUCUUUCUGAUCGACCACCCUCCACUAUAAGACGAAAAUAUAUACAUUUAGAAAAAAUUAAAGCAAGACCAACGUCAGAAUAUAAUACAUGGACACCAGAGGAUGAUGAAACACUAAGAAUGGCCACGUAUGAGUAUGGUGUGGGGAAAUGGAGUGAAAUUAGGAAGAAAUUUUUUUCUGAUAGGUCAUCAGCACAAGUUCAAGAAAGAUGGAAAGUUCUAUCAAAAACCAAAUUUGGAAAAUGGUGUCCCGAAGAAGAUAAGAAAUUACAGGAGCUAGCUAAACAAUACAAGGAAGAUUAUCGAGUGAUUUCUGAAAUAUUAAAACGGCCAGUCCAUUCGGUUUAUGUACGAUACAGACGUUUACAAACCCCAAAAUGGACAAUUGAAGAAUUAGAUAAAUUACGUGAUUUACUAAAAGAAUAUGGCAAAAAUUGGGAGAGAAUCGAGCAAAUGAUGCCAGAGAGAAAUGGGUGGGAAAUUAAAAAAGCGGCGGAUACCUUAGUUUGUGUUAAUCCUUUUGUCAAUAGGCGAAUGUGGAGCAAAACAGAAAAGGGGUUGAUUAAAGAAGGUGUAACCAUGUAUGGAAACAAUUGGGUUAAAGUUAGCCAAGUUGUAGCAGAAAGUUCUCUUGGUCUAAUUCCUUCACCCGAUAUACCCGGUAUUCCAAAAGAAGGAAGUGAUUACUCAAAGUUGUUAGCUUAUUCUUUAUAUUUUUAUGAAGCUCAAAGAAGUGGAAUCUUGCCUCCGAACAAUCGAGUAUCCUGGAGACAUAAUUCCGCACUUGAUGACGGGAAAGAUAAAGGUGUAAACUUAAGUGGGGGCUACUAUGAUGCAGGUGAUUACAUAAAGUUUACUCUACCAUUGUCAUGGUCACUGUCUCUCAUUUCAUGGGGAGCAAUCGAAUGGUUUGAUGGAUAUCGAAUUGCAAAUCAAACUGGAUAUCUAUAUGAUAUGGUCAAAUGGGGAACUGAUUGGUUAAUAGCAGCUCAUCCUAAACCUGAUCAACUUUUCAUUCAAGUCGGUUCAACUCGAAUUGAUAAUUCAUAUUGGGGCCCUGAUACUAAUCUUUCGUAUCCACGUCCUGCUUAUGAUAUUAAUUCAACGGCACAUGGUACUGACGUCGCCGCAGAAGCGGCUGCAGCCUUUGCAUCCUCGGCAAUUCUAUUUCGAGAUUUUCUUAAUGAUACUGCCUAUGCAAAAACAUUAUUAUCCCAUGCUAUAAGCGUUUAUAAUUAUUCCGAACAACCAACCCUAGGAUUCGCUACAACGUCUAUCCCUGAAAGCCGUGGAUACACGACUUCUUCAUAUUAUGACAAAUUAGUUUAUGGUGCUAUUUGGUUAUACCGCGCCACUAAUCAACCUCAAUACUUAACUAAAGCAGUAGAUUAUUAUAACCAAGCCAGAUUACAGAAUAGUUCAAGAGUUAUGUCAUGGGAUGAACAAACAGGUGCUUGCAACAUUUUAUUUGCUCAGAUAUUCGCUAAUAGAGUAAAUGCAAAUGCAAGUACAAUUGCAAAUUUCACUUUUUGGGCUAAUGAAACUGAACGUUACUUGGAUGGAAUUAUGUCAAAUAAAAAUAAUUGUACUCAUACAAAAGGUGGACUUUUAUGGUGUGGUGAUAGCCAAGCAGCAUCAUUAGCUAUUGCUCUUUAUGGUGCCUUUGGAUUUCUAAUGUAUUCUUCUUACGCGUCUACUAUUGAGAAAACUAAUGCAUAUAAAAACUUUGUAACAUCACAAAUUAAUUAUUUAUUCGGUGAUAAUCCUAUGAAAAUGUUUUAUGUUGUGGCUGUUCAUCCAAACUCUCCUAAAAAUCCUCAUCAUGCUGGUGCGUCUGGAGGAACAAGCUUAGUAACCUUGAAUGACCCAGUAAAGACUAAGUAUCCUUUAUAUGGAGCCAUUGUAGGUGGUCCGGCUCAGAAUGAUACAUAUGAAGAUUCAAGAGCAAAUGUUGAUCAAUCUGAGGUUGCGCUUGAUUAUAAUUCCGCAUAUCAAGGAAUAAUGGCAUAUUAUGUUAUUGACUCAUAUAUCCCCCCACCAGAAAAUCCAAGAGGACCAACAGGACCAACAUCGAUAUUUACUAAUUUACCUCAGAAUCACAAACUUCUAAUUAUAAUUGUUAGUUGUGGUGCUUUCUUGUUUCUAGUUUUAAGUAUAAUAAUAUACAGGUACAGGAGAAUUGUAUUCUGCAUAGGAGAUCCUGAAAAAAAUAAUCAAGGCAUAAAAUCAGAUGCUAAAAAAGAUAACAAGAACAUUGAAAGCGAACUAUCAGAGCAUUCUGAAAAAGAUAACCAGAGUACUACAAGUGAACUAUCAAAGCAGUCUGAAAAAGAUAACCAAGACACUGAAAGUAAACCAUUAAAACAGUCUGAAAAAGAUAACCAAGCUUUUGAAAGUGAACCAUUAAAACAGUCUGAAAAAAAUAACCAGGACUCUGAAAGUGAACCAUCAAAACAGUCUGAAAAAAAUAACCAGGACUCUGAAAGUGAACCAUCAAAACAGUCUGAAAAAGAUAACCAGGACUCUGAAAGUGAAACAUUAAAGCAGUCUGAAAGAAAUAACCAGGACUCUGAAAGUGAAUCAUCAAAACAGUCUGAAAAAGAUAACCAGGACUCUAAAAGUGAACCAUCGAAACAGUCUGAAAAAGAUAGCCAGAACUCUGAAAGUGAACCAUCAAAACAGUUUGAAAAAGAUAACCAGGAUCCUGAAAGUGAACCAUUAAAGCAGUCUGAAAGAAAUAUCCAGGACUCUGAAAGUGAUCCAUCAAAAAAGUCUAAAAAAGAUAACCAGGACUCUAAAAGUGAACCAUCAAAACAGUCUGAAAAAGAUAGUCAGAACUCUGAAAGUGAACCAUUAAAACAGUCUGAAAAAGAUAACCAGGACUCAAAAAGUGAACCAUUAAAGCAGUCUGAAAGAAAUAACCAGGAUUCUGAAAGUGAUCCAUCAAAACAGUUUGAAAAAGAUAACCAGGACUCUAAAAGUGAACCAUCAAAACAGUCUGAAAAAGAUAAUCAGAACUCUGAAAGCGAACUAUCAAAACAGUCUGAAAAAGACAACCAGGACGCUGAAAAUGAACCAUUGAAACAGUUUACAAGUGAAAAUAACACUUCAAAUGAUACGUAG